AGUGCCUACUUUUGGAGAGGAAAGUCACGCGACCACUGUCUGACUCUGAAAGUAAACUAACCAGUUAGUCGUUUGAAGAGGAGAGCCAGUAGACUCGUCAGAUGAGCUCGGUUUGUAGGACGAUACGCGCGUGUGUGGACAGUGUAAUUCAUAUCUCUGCGUGACUGACGUGUGUGUGAGUGCGCGCGCUCGUUUAUACGCGCAGACCGAUGGCGUCGCCGCCGCCGCGCGCUCUUUUCGUCGCUCUCCGAUCACCUUUCACGAUCUCACUCUUUAUGGACGGAAGUGAUCGCAUAUGAUUGCAGGACAUUUUCGGAUUUGGGUCUCUUUUUAGUCCAAGUGCUGUCUGGAACUGUUCUCCUGUUUAAACCGCGACAGAUAACAAGUUUGUGGGAUACAGGUGCGAUUUUACUGUAACUCCAGCGGAUGAUCACGAGCACAGAUCCGGACUGUCGGAUUAAAGUAGAUCACAUCAGAUCUAGAGCAAGAUGAAGUCUGCUGGAGCUGGCGAUGAAGUACUCUUCACUGAGAGCUACUGUAACAUCUGCAACGCUCAGCUGAUAUCCGAAUCCCAACGUGUGGCACACUAUGAGAGCAAGAAACAUGCCAACAAAGUGCGUCUGUUCUACAUGCUUCACCCAGAAGAUGGAGGUCCACCAUCCAAAAGACUAAGACCAGACAAUCCGGACAGUGCGGAGAAUGAGGUCGACAGAAACAAAUGCUGUACGCUCUGUAACAUGUUCUUCACAUCUGCCAUUGUGGCUCAGUCGCACUAUCAGGGCAAGACACACGCCAAGAGAGUUCGCUUGGUGCUGGGGGAGUCGCCAACGUUACCAACACCCACAGAUUCAGCCCCUCCCACCCCUCAGGCCACAGACCCGCCCCCUCCCUCGUGGCCUCCGCUGGCCAAUCACGGUGAAGCGGGGAAGUACUGUUGUUUGUGUGGCGCCUGGUUCAACAACCCGCUGAUGGCGCAGCAACACUAUGAAGGAAAGAAGCACAAGAGAAAUGCGGCACGGACACGGUUACUGGAGCAGCUGGCUGGCAGCCUGGAUGGCAAUGAAAGCACAGGUCUGCGUCGGAGUUACUCGUGCAGCGUUUGUAAAGUGAUCCUCAACUCCAUCGAGCAGUAUCACGCACAUCUCCAGGGUUCAAAACACCAAAACAAUUUGAAACAACAUCAACAAUGAAGAUCAAGAAACACUUCAGCUGAAACCGAGACCAUUGUAAGAGUUUAAAGAGCAGAUUGCAGGACCAUCCAUCUAUGAUAUCUGAGGUUCCCCAGCUCUCAAGUGUUUUAUAUUUUUAUUCACUUUCAACCACUGAAACAUUGAUAUAUUUUGGGAGUAUCUUUCCCCAAACUCUGAUCAAAAGGACAUUUGUGUUGAUCUCUGAAAAAAUGACCAAUUUCAUCGAUCUCCAUCACGUUACAUUAGUACACCGGCCUGAAUCUACAUGAGAUGUUCCAGCUACUUUUAUGUUUGCCUUUCAGACUCUCGUAUGCAGUGGCCUGUCGUCGAACGGGUCAUCGCUGCUUUGGUUAUUCACUUUGGCAUGCCGAUGACAGACUUGUGAAUUCUGCCAUUAAGGACUCAAUACUGCUGCCUUUGUGUGACUUUUGUUUUUUUGACACAUUUUCUGGAUGGUUUUUAUCCAGACUCAACUCUCUUCCUGUUUAUUCACACAUCUAUCAGUGUCAUUUCGACUGAACAUUUCUGCAGUCUGAUGCUGCUUAAUCGUUGAUGUCAAAUGGAUUAUACAGUACUUCAUUUAAAGAAGUACAGAUGCAAUGCGUUGGCAUUUAUCGCCACGACUCAUUCGUUGAUAAUUCAACAUGUGUGAUUCAGGCACUGAGCUUUAUCCUAAUCUAUGCCAAAAUGACUGCCUGUAACACUGGGGCUCAGUGCCCGCUGUUUUGAAGUAUGAAUGCCUUUUGUGUUUGCUUUCUUCUGAAUUGGCAUAGAAAUAAAAAAUGCAGCAUUUUUGGUGUAUAUGUUGUGAUAUUAGAUUAUAUUGUAGCUACUAAACUGAUAAAGACCUGGGGCCUCAUUUAUAAAAAUGUACCAUAAUGUCUUAUUUUUUUUUAAAUCAUCUUACAAAAUGGCCACAAGAUCCUUGUAUGGUGGGACAAUAAUCAGCAAAAAAAAAGAAAGUCCCGGGUUUAAGUCUCGGCUGGGUCGGUACGUCUUUCUGUGGAGUUUGCAUGUUUUCCCUGUGUCAGCGUAGGUUUAGUUCGGGUACUCCGGUGUCCUCCCACAGUCCAAAGAUAUGCAGGUUAGGUAAAUUGGAGAUGCCAAACUUGUGUAUAGAUUAACUUGUGUGUAGAUUAACCGGUUCUCGUCAUGAAUAUAGCCAUAGAUGCUGGAAUGGCAUUAAUAAAAAAUAAAUUCAUUGUGACAGUGUGCUGGUAUGAAAAAAGUGCGUAUGCAUGCUUUUAAAUUUAGACUUUAAGUGGAUGCAUUACAUUUUUAAGUCGAUUUUUGCCUUUUGUAAAUCCCUUUACAAAUGUUUUGCACUUUGAUCAUAAAAUUCAUGAUGUUUAUGAUCAAAUGUGAUUGUACUCAUUUAUCAAGACAUGCAGUAAAUCUUUCAAACAAAUCUCGCAAGUGAUACUUUUUUCUUUUUUUAAGUCUUCCGAAGCCAUAAGAUAGAUAGAUGAACAAAAUUUAAGUCAUUUAAAACUUCCAAAAAAUAUAAAAAAAAUCUUGCCCUCCAUCUUAAAAUUUAUAUCUGAUACAUUUUAUAAGUGAGGCCCUGUUCUGAAGUUAUGUCAUAAUAGUGACAUUUAUGCAAAACAGAGUAUCAUGGUAGCAACUGAGCCAAGUCUUUUAUCAUGGCAAGGUUGAAUAAUGCACAAAACCUUAAUUUUGUUGUAAAUAAUUGAAUAUCAUUGUUAGUAAACUGCUCGUCCAGGAUUAUUAUUGUGGAGUAUUUACUUGAAGAUUCUUGUGUGCUGCUUUUUGAACAAUAAGUUGGCUUUUAAAAACAUCUGUUGAUAAAACCAUCACGUCACCCCAAUGAUGUCACUGUUGUAUAAUGAUGUUGUUUAUAUUAAGAUGAUUGGAUGGCUGAUAUUUGUAGGUGAUGCUAUAAUAGAAACAAACAGCUUGGAUGUCUUUCGGCUAUAAGGACUCAGGAUUAUGGGGUUUUUUUCUUGUGGUUGUGUGGUUUCUACAUCAAGGCAAUGGACAUUACUAGGGAUGCACGGAUACAAAAUGUCUGUGCCGAUACAUUUAUUUAGACAUCUACCGAUACCAAUAGUUUUGCUUUUAACUCCUUCUGUCAAAUUAUUAUGUCAUAAAAAUCCUAAAAUUCAAAAUAAUCACACCGCAUGAGUUUUCCAGCCCUUUUGAUCAUUCGCUGUUUUUAAACGAUCGUCCGAUGUCCAAUAAAGGGUAAAUAAUGCUUUUAUCUGCCGUUAUCGAUUAUAGACCGAUAUAUCGAUGCAUCCCUACACACAAGUGCGAUUCAUAUGAAAAGUUUUUGUAGUGAUGCAGAUAUUUAACUCAGGCUGUUUAGAUGUGUCUGUUUGUAUCAGUUUUUGUUUUAACUCAGCCUUUAGCUUUUUACUGACCAUGUAAAGUUAAAUGUCAGUCUUGCUGUUCAUUUAAUGGAAUGCAAUUUCAACUGCAAAUGGAUUAUGAAUAUUUUAUGGUUAUGUAUGAUGUGGGCAAAAAUAAUAUAUUUAUUAUAAAAAAUAUCUAUUAAAUACAACAUAUAAAAACAUAUGUAUGUACAUCAAACAAUUUUUGUGAAUUUUAUGUGAAAUGGUGAAUUUUAAAGUCUGUAUUGUGCACAUUUGUAAAUACACUUGAUUAUAACUAUUUUCACUUUUAAACUUUA